AUGGAGAGCCGGCCCCCCUGCCAGCCCUCGGCACGCUACCCCUGCCCCAGUCUGAAGAAGCCGCCGGAGGUGGUCCUCCAGCUGAAGGUGGUGGGGCUGUUCAAGGGUGUCCCGUUUCAGAUCGCGAAGUGCACGGCGGAGUGUCUGAAGAGGGCUCAUCCAGACAAAUUUAAAGAUCCUAUAAUUGUUCCUCUUCAUGAAUUUGCAUGGAAUGAAUUUCUACAAGAGAAAAAAAGGGAACUCAAGGGUGAAACAUGGCGAUACCCUUCCACUGUGAUGUGUUUUAUUAAUGAUCAGCUUUUGGGCAAUGAAGGCUGUCUGCAGAAAUGGGCUUAUAAGAAAUGGGGUCUUAAGGAUUUUAAGCCCAUACCACUUUAUGAAGCUCUUACUUCAGAUUAUGUGGCUGAUUACGUGAAAAAUUCUAAGCGUCCCAUGGUCUUCUUGGAAAUUACAGUAAGCAAAAGGCCCAUUGGAAGAUUAAUAUUUGAGCUCUAUGCUGAUCUUUGCCCCAAAACUUGUCACAAUUUUCAGACCUUAUGCACGGGGAAAGCAGGGUUUUCUCGAAGUGGUUUAAAAUUGCAUUACAAAAAUACCAUUUUCCAUAGAUUAGUGAAAAAUGGUUGGUUACAAGGAGGAGAUAUCGACCUGGGAAAAGGAGAUGGUGGUGAGUCAAUUUAUGGACCAGUAUUCGAAGAUGAAAACUUUUCAAUACCACAUGAUAAAAGAGGAGUUCUUGGUAUGGUCAACAAGGGGCGGCACACCAAUGGGUCACAAUUCUAUAUCACGCUACAGAAGGCUCCUUAUCUGGAUCGAAAAUAUGUGGCUUUUGGGCAACUGAUCGAAGGAACAAGAGUUCUUCAAAUACUAGAAGUAGCAGACACAGUGAAUGAAAGACCAGUGUAUUCUUGUAGAAUUACUGACUGUGGUAAUUAUCGCUGAUAACAUAAAGACCAACAUUUCUUUGUCUAGUU